AAAGAGUACAUGAAUCAUGACAUAUUUCUAGCAUCUGUAUUUCCAUCCUGCAAUACAGCCAGCAUCUCUCGCUUUUGCUUAUAACCACCAUCUCAUACCACUCACACUUUGGUUCCGUGUUGUGGCCAUACUGAAAACGCGUUCGGAAACGUCUUGCGUCAUAGCCGAUUAUUGCUUAACUCACCACUGAUUUUGAAUCGGGUUAUUUCGAGACACCAUGGAUGAAGAUAUGGAUUUCGACUCUGGGGUGCCCGCAAUCCAACCUCAGCAGGUCCCUCAACCUCCUAUGAGCAAUGGGUCUGAUGGACAUAAGAUGCUAGACCUUGUCUUCGUGCAGGAUUGUACAGGGAGUCAAGGCAGUUACAUCAUGUCUGCUACGAAGAACAUUCAAUCGAUUUGUCAACACAUCUACGAGUCCGGAAAGUUACAAGCAGCGGAAGACUUGAGAAUCGGGCUUGUAGCAUACCGCGAUCAUCCACCGCAAGACCAUACCUAUGUUACGAAGAACUUUGGAUUCUCAUCAGACAUCAACAAGGUCGAGAAAGACCUCAGCUCGUUGUAUGCAAGUGGCGGAGGCGAUGGACCUGAAGCCGUAACCGCUGCUCUCGCAGAGGCGCUCAACAUGGACUGGAGACCGGAGGCAAGUAAGAUGGUUGUUCUUAUUGCUGACGCUCCUCCACAUGGAAUUGGAGAGUAUGGUGAUGGAUUCGACGAAGGCUCUCCUGAUGGUAAUGACCCGCUGCAAAUAGCCCGAGCGAUGGCUAGCCGAGGGAUCACUCUGUUCUUCGUCGCUUGCGAGCCAGCAUUGUCUGGAUACUCGUACGCGACCGACUUCUUCCAAGCUAUCACCAACAUCACGUCAGGACUGAUGCUUCCGUUGACAACCGCUGACCUCCUUACACACGCUAUUGUGGGUAGCGUGUUGGAGAACCUGGACAUGGAGCGUCUGGUGCGUGAAGUCGGGCAGGCUGUCUCACAGCGGAUUCUCGGUAACAACGAGAGCGUUGAUGACGUUGCUCGCGAGCUUCACGAACGUCUUCUCCUCCGAAAUGAGAGUACCAAGAGAGUCGUGAUCGAGAGCAUCUACAGGGAGUCUGAGGAGGCGAAACAUAAUGUACAAGUAUACAUGGAGGCGCCCUCUCUCAAAGAGGCACGACCGCUUCUGAAGAAGGUGCACGGUACUCGAUUUACCGAGAAAUAUCUGCAUUCGCGAAUGUCAGCAAGUCGCUCCUACUCAUCACCCUACACACCGUACUUGCCACCACGUAGGGCCACCACGGGUUCCUCAACAACGUCCAUGGGCACGAUACCGUCUCCAUCUCACUCACCACCACGCAAAGUUGUCACAGACUUUGCCGCGUUCGGUGCCCCCAAGACCGCCAGUGUCUUCGGUACUGCCGUUGCAGCUACGCCGUUCUCACUUGCAGGCGGCAAGGCCGCUUUUGGCGGUAUUCGCGGAGGCGCCAGAGGAUUUGAUGAUGAUGACGAUGACGAGGAAAUGGAUGAUGGAAGGCAGAAGAUUGAGUUGAGGGAGGAUUCAAUCACACUGGACCAGGCUAGACGGAUUGCGAUGCAGAGUGCUUGGAGGAGUGCCAGGGUCUGAUCUCUUCAAACAGGUUGUCUUCUUCUUGCUUGUCCGCUUUCACUCUCAUAUCCGCAUGCCCUUCCUCGAUACCUUUGGGCAAGUUCGCGUUGUCGAUCGGCUUGCUCAUAAUGUCCUGAUGACCAGGUCCGAUCUUCCCUGCCUUUAUUCUAUCACGAGACGACGAUGGGGGGUGUUGGCUGUAGUUAGUUAGUUGCAUGAUGAAAGGAAAGGGCGUUUUGAAUUGUAUGUAUCUAUAUAUCGUUCCACGCAGUAAUGACAGGAAGUGAAUCAAUCUCUCCUACCACAGACAUUCAUAUUCUCGACAUUUGUAAAUUAGAUGAAGCACACGAAUACAAUGCAGAUUGUUUCGAACCAAAGCUG